AUGGCAUUGCUUGCUGUCGGCGGCCGCUUUACGCGAUUCGGGCUGUCUCAUAGGAAGGUGGUGGCAAGAACCAUCGAUUCCUUCACGACCCCACGAAGAAGCCUAUCGUCCUAUCUCGUCACUCCCAAGGAAUUACAUGAGGCCCUCAAGAAGAACUCGCCCUCUCCCGUCAGCCCGGACCCGCGAGUGAUACCUCUCUGCGCGGCUUGGUUCUUACCCACUGAUGGACGCACCGGCAUCCAGUCGUUCCGGGAGCUGCGCAUCCCUAAAGCCCGUUUCUUCGACUUGGACAAGAUCGUUGACGAACGCAGCCCGUAUCCUCACAUGUUGCCAGACGCGAGGCGCUUCGCUGCAGCAAUGAGCGAGUUGGGCAUCAGGAAGGACGACACGGUUGUUGUAUACGACACGAAGGAACUGGGCAUCUUCAGCGCGCCUCGCGUCGGUUGGACGCUCAAAGUGUUUGGCCACCGGAACGUGCACGUUUUGAACAACUUCAGGCUGUGGGUGGACGACGGAUUGCCCACCGAAUCUGGGGAACUGUACAGUGUCGAUUGCUGCCCCUACCCCAUCCCCGAGUUUGAUCCUAGCAGUGUGGCCAGUUUCGAGGAGGUCAAGGAGGUUGCGCAGGACUACAACAAGGAAGGUGCCGAGGGUGUUCAAAUUCUGGAUGCACGAUCCCAUGGCCGGUUCCUAGGUAGCGAUCCUGAGCCGCGGGAAGGUUUGUCGUCAGGACACAUACCAGGAUCCAUUAGCAUUCCCUUCAGCAUGCUCCUCGAUCCCGACACGAAGGCCUUUCUGCCCCCAGAGAAGCUUAGAGAAGUUUUCAAGGCGAAGGGCGUGAACGCUGAGAAACCCAUCAUCUCUAGCUGCGGCACCGGCGUCACUGCAUGCGUGAUCGAGACAGGCCUCGAUGUUUCGGGUGGAUUUGUUCCGGAGAAGCGGAAGGUCUAUGACGGAAGUUGGACAGAAUGGGCACAGCGAGUGCAGCCGUCAGACAACUUGAUACGGAAGACGCAAUCCUGA